AAUGUCUGCUGCUCUGAGACUUAUCAGGAGAAUGCUGAGCCAGAGGAUAACUCUAGCUGCCUUUCUGCUCUUCAUCCCAACAUCUCAAUGUUCAACAAAAAAUGAUUCCCCUUUUUCACUCUCUAACAGGGCCACUGGUUUCUGUUUGCUGAAAAGAUCAACCCGCUGCCUUGAAGUGCGCUGGACGACCGGUGAUCGGCUUUUUGUAACCUCAACCAAAAAGUGCCUUGGAGCGCAGGGCAGAAGUGUGGGGAGUGAAGUGAGCCAAUAUGAUUGUGACGACAGGAGCGUCCUACAAAAGUGGGAAUGCAAGAACGAAACACUGCUUGCCCUCAAAGGCCAACAGCUCUAUAUUGAGGUCAAAGCUGACGAAACAAUCGCUCUCUCCAGAAGAAUCGGGCCGAAUAAUGAGCUUACAAUCCCUGGGACAUCCAGCGGUGCUUGUUCGAGAACAUACAGAGAACUUUUCACCAUUGAGGGAAAUGCGUAUGGUAAGAUCUGCAUGUUUCCCUUCCUGUACAAAGACCGGUGGUUUGGAGACUGCACUACAUACGACUCCUCAACAAAGCGUCUUUGGUGUGCGAUUGGAACAAAAUAUGAACACGAACAGUGGGGAUACUGCCCGACUUCUUCCACAGACCACUGGUCGAAGAACGUUAUAUCAGGAGCGUAUUACCAGGUCAACAAACAGUCGGUUCUCUCCUGGUCUCAGGCUCACACCAGCUGCAAACAGCAGGGUGCCUCCAUGCUCAGUGUCACCGAGCCCCACGACCAGGCUUUCCUCUCCGCACUACUGGGAACAGGGAAACAUAAACUUUGGAUUGGACUGGUCCUGGACCAAGAACACAACUGGCAGUGGACGGAUGCGAAGCCCUUCCGUUAUCUGAGAUGGACUGCAGGACAUCCACUUCCUAAUCCGGGACACAACUGUGCAUUUCUGGACUCUGCUGGGCAGCAGACUUGGCAGAGCUCAUCCUGCAGCAAGAAAAUGGGCUACAUCUGCUACAAAGACGGGGCCCCGCCAACUCACCCAGAAAUUGAGCAAGGAUUUUGUUCACCCCCUUGGAUUCCCUACAAUGGCCACUGCUUCCACCUUCAGCGUGUUCUGAAAUCGUGGUCCGAUGCUCAGAAAGAGUGCCGCAAAGAAGAAGGAGAGUUGGUGAGCAUCCGCAAUGUGGAGGACCAAAGCUUUGUCAUCUCGCAACUUGGAUUAGGAACCACUGAUGAGGUUUGGAUUGGACUGAAUGACAUCAGAACAGAGGGGCUGUUUGACUGGAGUGACCACUCGGCUGUCACCUUCACCAGCUGGGCGUUUGGGGAACCAUCUGUCUCCACGGUUACCGAGGACUGUGUUCUCAUCAAGGGAGAGAAUGGGUUCUGGGCGGAUCGCGUGUGUGAUGAGAAACAUGGCUUUAUCUGCAUGAAGCAGAGCGCCACUGAACGCUCUGGAGAUGAAAUAGAAGACACGGCUAAAGGUUGCAAAGCUGGGUGGAAAAGCCACGGCUCCUACUGCUACUUUGUAGGAACGGAGACAAAGACUUUUGAUCAAGCUAAAGAAGACUGCAAGGCCUCAGGCUCCUACUUAGUAGAUGUAUCAAAUGGGGUGGACAAUGCUUACCUUGUCAGCUUGGUGGGGUUGAGACCAGAGAAAUACUUCUGGCUCGGCCUCUCAAACCAGAAAAACAUUGAUCAAUUUAGGUGGACCAACUCAGAGUUUGUGAAGUUUACUCACUGGAACACUAACAUGCCAGGGUAUGAACAGGGCUGCGUUGCAAUGACAACUGGGGUUUUGGCCGGACUGUGGGAUCUGCUGCCCUGCACCAAUGCGGAGAAAUACAUCUGUAAAUACCUGGCAGAUGGUGCAGUUUUAACCGUGCCACCGCCAACUCAAACUCCUCCUAAGUGUGAGGAAGGUUGGGUUCGAGUGGGAACAAGAAACCUCUGCUCUAAGUUUUUCACAGGGCCUCGUGCAGAUGAGAAGACGUGGUUUGAGGCCAGGGAUUACUGCAGGGCCAUCGGAGGAGACCUGCUCAGCAUCCACAGCAAUAUUGAGCUUUAUGUGGGACGACAUGGAAGAGCCUGGAUUGGACUACGCAUGGCUGCUGAUGCGACCGCUGGUUAUACAUGGAGUGAUGGAUCCGCGGUAAACUUCCUGCACUGGCAGGAAGGAGAGCCAAACAAUCAGAAUGACAGCGAAUCGUGUGCUGAAUACAGAAUGUAUAACUGGGACGAGGCUGGGUCUUGGAGCGAUGUGAACUGUGAAAGUUACAAUGACUGGCUGUGUCAGAUCCGUGCAGGAGUGAUUCCAAAACCACCUCCAAAUAAUACUGCAGUGGUGCAUAACACUACUUCAGAUGGCUGGACUGUGUGGAAAGGGAAUCACUAUUUAUUUAACCAACACUCAAUGACCAUGGAGGAUGCUCGACACUUCUGUCGGCAGAGGCAUGGUGACUUGGUAUCCAUCAUCACUAAAGAGGAAAAUACCUUCAUAUGGAAACAGAUUUCCAGAAGCUAUGCAACAUACUAUAUAGGUAUGUCAGUGGAUCUUGAUGGGUCAUUUUGGUGGAUGGAUGGGUCUUCGUUGGGGGUACAAAAAUGGGCUGACGAUCAACCAAAUACGGAAGCCUUUAAUGAGAACUGUGUUAGCAUGUAUUAUUAUAAUGCCGAAUGGCGCACUUGUAAUUGUGGCCAAGAGCACCAGUUCAUUUGUAAACGCAGAGGCUCAGCACCCGUCAACUCCACUGCAGCUCCCACAGUUGCCCCGAAAGGCGGCUGUCCACUCAAGUGGAACAAAUUGGACUCAAAGUGUUACCGUAUCAACACUAACCAGCCGACCACCUGGGAUGAAGCCAGGAAACAGUGCAUAACCAUGGGAGGCAAUUUAGCCUCAAUUCCCACAAGGCGCAUUCAAGCAUUUUUGACCACCAAAAUGGCUGAAAUAGCAUCUAUCGACCUCUGGAUCGGUUUAAGCAGUUUAAAACAAGAUGGGUUUUACUGGACUGAUGGCAAAGCAAGGCGAUACACCAACUGGGGCUAUUCUAAAAACCGACGUCGUCAUGGGUCCUUUUAUCAACGAUGGAAUGAGGAAGACUGUGUUGUGAUGACCAACAGUCCUACCCUUGGCACCGGUAAAUGGAUGAUUAAGUCCUGCAAUGACACAAAUGGAUUUGUCUGUGCCAGAAAUCUUGACCCAAGUAUAUCGCCCAAACCAGAGCCAGGAGUUCCCAACAUCUACGUAACUCUGGGCAAUGACAGUAUCAAGGCUGUAACAAAAAAUCAGACCUGGGAGGAGGCCCAGAAACAAUGUGAAGGGGAUAAAGCCAACCUGAUUAGCCUGCGAAAUGAUUGGACGCAGGCCUACGUCGAGCUGCUGGCCAUGAAUGUCAAAUCUCCUAUUUGGAUUGGACUGAACAAAGAGAAGACACAUUAUUUUAGGUAUAUUGACGGCUGGCACAUGGCCUCUGCAAACUGGGCUGAAGGGGAACCAAGCAGUAACAAACCUUGUGUGUACCUGGAUGUGGAUGGGAAAUGGAGGACUGCUUUAUGCAAUCAGACCAUGUACAGCGUUUGCAUGCAGUCUACAGAUGUGCCACCAACAGAGUCGUCUAUCUUCCCAGGGGUUUGCCCUGAAGAGACAAAUGAGGAGUACCACCAGAGUUAUACCUGGCUGCCAUAUAAGGGCCAUUGUUAUGUGUUUGUAACAGAGGAAAUUGAAUGGGCAGAUGCAGCUAGCAGCUGUGUCAGGCAUGGUGGAAUCCUGGCUAGCAUUGAAGAUCCUGAUGAGCAACAAUUCAUUCAAAGCAAUGUGGAAAUAUUUCAGGACAGUCACAGUUCUUUCUGGAUCGGCCUGUAUAAAACUCAUAAAGGCACAUGGAAGUGGUUGGAUAAAACAGUCAUGGACUACACUAACUGGGCUGAAGAGGAGCCUGAUGACGACGACUAUGGAGAGAUUGGAACCUCAGAUGGAGCUUGGAGAUCAGGUCGUAGAUGGCAUGACCGAGCAUACAUCUGUGAAACACCCAAAGUGAUGCCCUCAGAUCCAGGAUCAAAAUUUGAACCUCACGGGGGUGGGAAAACUCGCAGUCGUGUCCACACAAGUUUGAUAGUUGUGCUGAUCAUCACUGUCACUUCUUCGCUGAUAGUCCUUGCAUUCUACAUGUACAAGAAGUCUCCUCGUCCCUCACCAACCCCCUUUGACAAUCCACUCUACUUCGACAGCGAACGAUCCCAGCCCGAUGUGGUCGACACCAACAAACUAAUAGAGAGUGCAGAAGUAGAAAACCCUGAGCCUAUUAUAACUCUGUGAUUAAUAAAGUAGCCCAUUCUAGUGGAACAUACAUAGUAAUUUACUGUAUCCCAGACUGAUGUAUUAAACUCUGAUGCUUCAUUUGUGUUUUUGCUUUGAUUGUUGUUGUUUUUACUAUAUUUGGUAUAUAUUCAGUUAUUUAACAAUAUGUUACUAAGUGUGCGUUUCAAUGAAGUUGGCAUUGUCUGACUUCGUGGAACAGAACAAUUUAGGCUCUAGGAUGUCUCAAUGGGAAUGAUUGGUAUUUGAUUUUGUCUUUGUAUCUAUGAUUGAAUGUAUAUAAAUGUGCUAAUACUCACUAGAUGCUGUUCAUUGCUUGUACUCUUGAAAUGUGUAAAAAAAAAUCCCCCUGCCUGUCACUGUUAAAGAACAUUAAAUUUGGCACUAAGCAA